AGUCAAAUGUCAUUUGAGGAAAGGGAGAACAAUUGGAUCCAAUAAAUUUAUUAAAUUACGGAGAGAAAAAAAAAGUUGUUCAAUUGCAAAUUGUACAAAUUGUGCAAAAACUUCAACAAAUUUUGUUAAUAUUCGUGAACAUUUCGUUUAGUGAUCAGGUUGAAUAAAAAUAUCGAACUUUUAAAGUGAAAAGUUCAACCGAAAAAAAAACAAAGAACUGCCUGUCGAAGUAAUAUGAGUAAUGCUACCAACCAAAAUGGUGCAGGUCUAGAGCAGCAGAUUGCUGGUCUGGACUUGAAUGAAGGCAAGGGUAAUUCCCUUAGCACUUCAGAUUCUUCAAGUGCUCCGGCCCGUUACGUGCCCCCCCAUCUACGCGGUGGCAAUAACAAUUUUGAUUCUGAGAAAUCUUCCCGACCGGCGUACGGGGAAAGUAAGGAUUACAGAGGUGGUGAACGAGACUAUAGAAACGAUAAUCGCGGCGGCAGUCGACGAUUCGGUGGUGGAAACGGCGGUGGUCGUAACGAUUAUCCAAAUCGUCGUCGUAACGACGAUCAGCAAAACGGUGGAGAAAAUUUCGAGAGAAGAGGCAAUGAAGAUUGGGGUCGUGGUGGAUCGAAUCGCGGAGGAUCGUUCAAUGGAGAUAAGUCAGAUCCCCCACUUCGCACGAAUGAUAGAUGGCAGGAACCGGACAAGCGUGAGUAUUCCAAUAAUUAUGGUGGCAAAUGGAAGGAGGACAGAGGCGGAAACUCAAGAGAUAACGACUACACAAUGCCGAUUUCGCAACGUGAUGAACGUGCUGAGUUGGAGUUGUUUGGCGUUGCCAAUACUGGCAUUAACUUUAACAAAUACGAAGACAUACCCGUGGAAGCGACGGGUGAAAAAGUUCCGUCACAUAUCACAUCCUUCGCCGACGUUAAGCUGACAGAAAUUAUUCGUAGCAACAUAACUAUGGCACGCUACGAUAAGCCGACGCCAGUUCAAAAGUACGCAAUACCAAUCAUUAUAAAUGGCAGAGAUUUGAUGGCUUGUGCUCAAACUGGUUCUGGAAAGACAGCUGCAUUUUUAGUGCCUAUCCUAAAUCAGAUGUACGAACGUGGAGCUAGUAUGCCACCGCCAGGAAAUCGACCAUUUAGCAAUCGUCGCAAACAGUAUCCCCUUGGAUUGGUACUGGCACCAACACGUGAAUUAGCAACACAAAUCUAUGAAGAAGCGAAAAAAUUUUCUUACCGUGCGCGUAUGCGUCCAGCUGUUUUGUAUGGCGGUAACAAUACAAACGAACAAAUGAGAGAUUUGGAUCGUGGCUGCCAUUUGAUUGUGGCAACGCCUGGCCGUUUAGAGGAUAUGAUAACACGUGGCAAAGUGGGAUUGGACAAUAUCCGUUUCCUUGUAUUGGAUGAGGCCGAUCGUAUGCUGGACAUGGGUUUCGAACCACAGAUUCGCCGCAUUGUCGAACAAAGUAACAUGCCACCAACGGGCGAACGUCAAACACUCAUGUUUUCGGCCACAUUUCCAAAAGCUAUUCAGGAGCUGGCUGCUGAUUUUCUCAGUCACUACAUUUUCUUGGCUGUUGGUCGUGUUGGCUCAACGUCGGAAAAUAUUACUCAAAAUAUUUUGUGGGUCAGUGAGCAAGACAAGCGAUCAUACCUGCUGGAUCUGUUGAGUCGUUUCAAGGAGGACUCGCCGGCAACUGACGACAACAGUUUGACACUGAUUUUCGUCGAAACGAAGAAAGGUGCCGAUUCUCUAGAAGAAUAUCUGCACCGGUACCAGCAUCCAGUGACCAGUAUCCAUGGCGAUCGAACUCAACGUGAACGGGAAGAGGCAUUGAAGUUUUUCCGAAAUGGCGUCUGUCCAAUUUUAGUAGCCACCGCUGUUGCUGCCCGUGGUUUGGACAUUCCACAUGUGAAGCAUGUCAUCAAUUUUGAUCUGCCUUCUGACAUUGAGGAGUACGUUCAUCGUAUCGGCCGUACGGGUCGAAUGGGAAAUUUGGGCGUUGCGACCAGUUUCUUUAACGAAAAAAAUCGUACAAUUUGUGCCGAUCUGGUGGAGUUGCUAAGCGAAACGAAACAAGAAGUGCCUAGCUUCCUCGAAGAUUUCAUGUCAUCGGAUCGAUCGCACGGCGGUGGACGACGUGGCGGCAGCCGAGGCAGUCGUUUCAGUGGCGGCAGUUCGUUCGGUGUGUCACGCGAUUAUCGUACAACAUCGUCGUCGGGCAAUGGUCGAUCAAUGGGUAAUCGAAAUGGAUCUUCGACUGGGCCGAUCGGCCGAAAUGGAUCGUCGAGUUCCAAUUCUGGCGGUUACGGUGGAAAUAGAGGCAAUGCAUUCUAUGGAAAUGGCGGAGGUGGCGGUGGCGGAGGCAAUUACGGUGGAAGCUAUCAGCCGUCAUAUAAUAAUCAAAAUCAAUCAGGACCAGACUGGUGGGACAAAGACAACUAAAGAAUUUUUUUUCUUUUCGUUAUUUAUAUGAAAAUGUCGUGUUUUAUAUAAAUUAUGCUCUCAACAGAUGAUUUAAAAAGAAACAACCACAACAAAACAAAGCGGAACCAAGUAAAACAUGAAACAGACAAAAAAAAAUGAGAAAAAUAAUUAAUUAAAUGGAACACAAGCAAGUAAAAUAAUUACAAAAAAGAUAUAAUUUAAAUAACAGAAUCUGUCUCUUUGAACCUGAAUCAAAUAUCGCGCACCUUUUCAAAAUAAUCUAAAAACAACAACCAAUUGUUCUGAAGUUACAGCAGAAAACGGAACAAACACAACAAGCAACACAAUUACACACCGAAUUAUUAUAAAAAAAUUAAUUUAAAAAAAAACCAAUCAAAGAAAAACUCUUGAUGAAUUAUAGAUAAAAGAAAAAUCCUUUCAGUAAAUUUAGUAAGACGUACAAUACAAAAUUCAUUUAUUGUUUCACAGAUUAAAAAAAAAAUUAAAAUGAUUAAGGAAACGAUAAAUUCUUUUAACAACAUCAACUUUCCGUUUAAUAAUAGAAAAUAAAAGGAAACGAUAAACUA